UACAGAGAAAGGUUGAACAAGUUAGGUCUUUAUUCUUUGGAGCGCAGAAGGUUAAGGGGGGACUUGAUAGAGGUUUUUAAAAUGAUGAGAGGGAUAGACAGAGUUGACGUGGAAAAGCUUUUCCCACUGAGAGUAGGGAAGAUUCAAACAAGGGGACAUGACAUGAGAAUUAAGGGACUGAAGUUUAGGGGUAACAUGAGGGGGAACUUCUUUACUCAGAGAGUGGUAGCUCUGUGGAAUGAGCUUCCAGUGAAGGUGGUGGAGGCAGGUUCGUUUUUAUCAUUUAAAAAUAAAUUGGAUAGUUAUAUGGAUGGGAAGGGAAUGGAGGGUUAUGGUCUGAGCGCAGGUAUAUGGGACUAGGGGAGAUUAUGUGUUCGGCACGGACUAGAAGGGUCGAGAUGGCCUGUUUCCGUACUGUAAUUGUUAUAUGGUUAUAUGGUAACGUUAUAUUUUAAUCUGAUGACCUUAACUUAAUGACCCUAAAAGGAAUCUGUUCUUUGCAACACUGUAUAAACAGAUAUUGUGUGUAUAAUGUAACUAUUCAGUUGUAGAAGCAAAGUUGACAUUCACUGGUGGCCUUAAAGGCCAAACAUGAAGUAGAGGAAUAAAGAUCUACAGGACAGGCACACAAGGAAUAGGAUGUAAUGACCUCUGCCGUAUUAAAAUAUAUUGUUUGGGGAAAAAAUCUUUCUGCACUCAAUGUAAAUCAUUAUGAAAGUUCAUGAUAAACACCCAUAAAUGUAACUGAAAAGUCAAAACACGGCAGGUGCUUAACCAAAGCUUCUCAUCCAUAGCUGGCAGGCAUAUUCAACUGAAUAUUCAACUGAACAGUUUACAUUAUUCACAUAUUGCCCACAUUUCCCUCACUUCUGCUCUUACCCCUCACUGCUACGUCAGAUCAAGGAUAGGGUUUCCAUUUCACCUUACCAAUCCCUCUGUUGCGGCACCUAGUGGUAGCUUGGGGCAUCACAAACCCUCGCUAUUGGCUGGCACGGUCACGUGAUCGCGAGAGUGUUUUCGCGGAUUUUGUAUAGCAUUCAUUCAAACUCCACCCUGUUAGAAGAAGCUUUGUAUUUUUGGCUGUUAUAAACGCGGUUGAGUAAAUCGCUUUAUUAUCGUUUAAAAUAAAGAAUCUUACUUUAUGCAAUCGACUCGACUCGCCAAAGUGGUGACCCCGACAGUCCGAUCGUUUAUUCGGACUUCGAUCAUGCAAGCCGCCGCUAUCCCCCACGUCCAUCUUCCCCAGCAAAACGCCGUGGGCCUGAAACUGCCCGUUUUCUGGGUGGAGCAGCCUCAAGUUUGGUUCACCCACAAUGAGGCCCAAAUCCAACUUAGAAAUAUUGCCGCGGAUGCCACCCGAUAUUUCUACGUGAUCGGGGCGCUUAGCCAAGAGACGGCCACACGGUUGCUGCCCUACCUGCAGGAGCCUCCAGCAAUCGGCUAGGACGAGGGGCUCAAGGCGCUGCUGCUCCGCACUUUUGGGCCCAGCUGCUGCGAUCACGUCGCCUGCCUGCUCCAUAUGGACGGCCUCGGCGGUCGGAAGCCGUCCACGCUCAUGAGCGAGACGCUCACGCUAACGAACGGCCACCGACCUUGCUUGCUGUUCGAGCAGGCCUUCCUGGUGCAGAUGCCCGAUGACAUCCGCCUGCUCCUCGUUGAGUCUGACUUCGCCGACCCCCUGCAGCUCGCCGAACAGGCCGACGAACUGUGGCUCGCCAAGCAGCAGCAGCCUCGCAGAGACGUCCAACCCUCCGAUGCCUUCGCUGCGGCCGCCCGUCGGAGACCGUGGUAAGCGGCAGUGCUGCUACUACCACCAACGCUGGGGUGCUGAGGCCCGACGAUGCCGCGCCCCCUGCUCGUUUGCGGGAAAUGCCUCGGCCGAUCAGUAGAGGCUUUCGCGAUCGGCCUGAAUCACCGCCUCUACAUUCGGGAUCGCCAUUCCGAACUUCGUUUCCUCGAGGACACCGGGGCCGUCGUGAGCAUCCUCCCCCGGACUGGACACCCGUGCCGGUAAGCGAGGCCCCAUCCUGACCGCCGUCAACAGUAGCACCAUCCGCACGUAGGGCACGCAGACUCUUUCCCUCAUCUUUGACUCCCGCCCGUAUUCCUGAACUUUUACCGUCACGGACAUGGCCCAACCAUUGCUGGGCGCCAAUUUCCUCCGGGCCUUUUCGCUAUUGGUGGACGGGCGGGGCAGGCGCCUCGUUCUAACGUUGUUCCCCAGGACCACAACCUCGCGGUGCCUCUCAGCCCACAGCUGAGCAUAGUGGCCGAUGGAGAUGGCCCGUAUGCCUCCUUGCUCGCCGAAAUCCCGGGACUUCUCACCCCCCAUUUUUGAGCGACCACCCUUAAGCACAGGGAGGUGCACCAUAUUCCCACCGCGGGCCCCCCCCACUGCAUGCACGGGCGCGCAGGCUCCCGCCUGACCAACUGCUGAUUGCUAAAGAGGAGUUCAGACAGAUGGAGGACAUGGGAAUCGUGUGGCGCUCUGAUAGCCCGUAGGCAUCCCCAUUGCACAUGGUACCGAAAGCAUCUCAGGGGUGGUGACCAUGCGGGGCUUAAGCGCUUAAAUGCUGUUACAACUGCGGACCGCUACCCUGCCCAUCUGGAGGGCGCCACUUUUUUUUCCCCUCAAGGUGGACCUGGUAAGCAGCUACCACUAGAUUCCCGUUCACCCCAACGACGUGCCUAAGACCGCCACCAUCACCCCGUUUGGCCUUUUCAAGAGGCUGUGCAUGCCGUUUGGAUUAAAGAAGGCCGCGCAGGCUUUCCAACGGCUCAUGGACAUGGUGGGUCUGGGGUUAGAGUUCAUUUUCAUCUACCUAGACGACAUUCUGCGGCUCCAGGACCACAGACUGGUAAUCAACCCCGCCAAGUGCCAGUUUGGCCUGCGCUCCAUUUCAUUCCUGGGGCAUCAUGUCACCUCGCAGGGCGCGGCCCCGCUGCCCACUAAAGUGGAGGCCAUUCGGCAGUUCCCUCGGCCGCUCACUGUCAAGGGGCUGCAGGGGUUUGUCGGCAUGGUGAACUUUUACUAUUGCUUCAUGCCAGCUGCAGGAUUAUGCGCCCUCCGUUUCAGUACCUCGCCGGUAAACCACAGGACCUAGUCUGGACUGACGAGGCUGUGGCUACGUUCGAUGGUGCGAAGGAGGCGUUGGCCAAAGCCACCCUGCUGGUGCACCCGCAGGCCACUGCCUCGACUGCCCUCAUAGUGGAAGCCUCUGAUACGGCUGUUGGAGGGGUGCUCGAGCAGCUCAUCGACGGCCGCUGGCAGCUGCUGGCCUAUUUCAGCCGACAUCUGAGGCCCCCGGAGCGCAGCUACAGCGCCUUCGACCUGGCUGUCUGGAAUGUUCGGUAUUUUCUGGAGGGCAUGCCGUUCACGGCCUUUACUGACCCAAAGCCCGACAUAUGCCUUAGCCAAGGUGUCCCCCCUGGUCUGCGGCACCUGCCGAUCGUGUCUGAAUUCACCACGGACGUUCAGCACGUGGUCGGUAAGCUCAACCUGGUUGCUGAUGCUCCGUCUCGCCCUGCUCUCAAGGCUGUGAUGGCUGGGGACCCCGGCGUGGAAUAUGCGGGGCUAGCCGAGGCUCAACGUGCGGGUGGUGAGAAGGACAAUUACAGGAUGGCCACUUCCGGGUUGCGGUUGGCCGACGUCCCUUUCGGCUCAAUAGGAGAGUCGGUCGUUUGUGAUAUGUCCACCGGGAGACCACGCCCAAUUGUCCCCGUGGGUUUCCGACACCAUCCAUGGCCUGACCCACCCUUCCAUCCCAGGCGACUUCUGCGCUGGUGGCGGAGAAAUUAGUCUAGCAGGUCGUUCUUCAGCAGGUCACGUCUUGGGCCAGAGCCUGCAUUCCCUGCCAGACAUCGAAGGUCCAGCACCGAUACAAGAUUUUGUGGUUCCCUCUGGCCGUUUCCUGCACAUCCACGUGGAUUUGGUGGGUCCACUGCCACCAUCUCACGGUGCCACGCAUCCACUCACCUUCAUGGAUCGUUUUACGAGGUGGCCCGAGGCUAUUUCGCUGACUGACACCUCCGCCUCAUCUUGUCCUCGGGAUCUCUCGGCCCAUUGGAUUACUCGUUUCGGGGUGCCUGCAGAUAUUUCCACCGACCGGGGGGGCCUGUUUACUUCUGCUUUGUGGGCGGCUCUGGAGCAGCUGUAUGGGGCACAGUUGCACCACACCACCGCCUAUCACCCUCGGGCCAACGGGUUAGUGGAACGUUUCCACCUGCAUCUGAAAUUGGCGCUGAAGGCAUGGCUCACUGGUCCGGACUGGGUCGACCAGUUGCCUUGGGUGUUGUUGGGCCUCCGUAUGGCCCCUAAAGCGGACCUGGACACGUCGUCCGCUGAGCUGGUGUACGGCUCUUCGUUGCGUGUACCCGGGGAUUUCCUUCCUACGGCUCGGGGGCAGCCGGAGCCUGCCUCGACCAUUCUGGUGAGUCUUUGGGAGAAAGCGAGCGGCCUGGCUCCUGUUCCCACCCCGCCGGAACUUAAAACUGCCUAUUUGUAUUCCUCCGCAGGGACUAGCACCGGUCACCGCUGCAGCAGAUUUAUGAGGGUCCUUUCCGGGAGUUGCACCCCAGCGUCACGACUUUCCUGUUGGAUGUUGGGGGCAAGGAGGAGAUCAUCUCAGUCGCUCGCCUCAAGCCCGCCCACCUGGCUGUCGAUAGCCCAGUGGUGGUGGCUCAACCCCGGCGUAGGGGCCGUCCGCUGGUCGUUCUGGUGACACCCGUUGUGCCCGUUUCCUCUUCACCAGUUGUGCCCAUUUCCCCUGCACCGUUACCUGGCUCUGUUUCGACAGUCCCA